GCUAGAGCUCUCGGAGAAGCGGGACUGCGAGGCCGGCGCGCGGCGCUCUGCGCGGUCAAAGGGAGCGCGGGGCAGCAGCUGGAGCAGCAGCAGCCCGCGGCGCGAUCGCCGCCAGCCGCCUCCACCGCUGCGGUUGCAGCCUCCAAAGGAAGGCCGGGGGAACCGGCGUGCGCACUUUCCCUCGGACUUUCGGAGUGUUUGUGGAUAUACAUGCCAAGCCGUCAAGAUGAUGUCCAUGAACAGCAAGCAGCCUCACUUUGCCAUGCAUCCCACCCUCCCUGAACACAAGUACCCGUCGCUGCACUCCAGCUCCGAGGCCAUCCGGCGGGCCUGCCUGCCCACGCCGCCGCUGCAGAGCAACCUCUUCGCCAGCCUGGACGAGACGCUGCUGGCAAGGGCCGAGGCGCUGGCGGCCGUGGACAUCGCCGUGUCCCAGGGCAAGAGCCAUCCUUUCAAGCCGGACGCCACUUACCACACGAUGAACAGCGUGCCGUGCACGUCCACGUCCACCGUGCCGCUGGCCCACCACCACCACCAUCACCAUCACCACCAAGCCCUCGAGCCCGGCGAUCUGCUGGACCACAUCUCGUCGCCGUCGCUCGCGCUCAUGGCCGGCGCGGGCGGCGCGGGCGCGGCGGGAGGCGGCGGUGGCGCCCACGAUGGCCCCGGGGGCGGCGGCGGCCCGGGGGGCGGUGGCGGCCCGGGCGGCGGUGGCCCAGGGGGCGGCGGUGGUGGUGGCCCGGGGGGCGGGGGCGGCGGCCCAGGCGGCGGGUUGUUAGGCGGCUCGGCGCACCCGCAUCCACACAUGCACGGCCUGGGCCACCUGUCGCACCCGGCGGCGGCAGCCGCCAUGAACAUGCCGUCCGGGCUGCCGCACCCGGGGCUGGUGGCAGCCGCAGCGCACCAUGGCGCGGCUGCGGCGGCCGCGGCAGCGGCGGCCGGACAAGUGGCUGCGGCGUCGGCGGCGGCAGCGGUGGUGGGCGCGGCGGGCCUGGCGUCCAUCUGCGACUCGGACACGGACCCGCGCGAGCUCGAGGCGUUUGCUGAACGCUUCAAGCAGCGGCGCAUCAAGCUGGGCGUGACGCAGGCCGACGUGGGCUCGGCGCUGGCCAACCUUAAGAUCCCGGGAGUGGGCUCGCUCAGCCAGAGCACCAUCUGCAGGUUCGAGUCGCUCACGCUCUCGCACAACAACAUGAUAGCGCUCAAGCCCAUCCUGCAGGCGUGGCUCGAGGAGGCCGAGGGCGCGCAGCGCGAGAAAAUGAACAAGCCAGAGCUCUUCAACGGCGGCGAGAAGAAGCGCAAGCGGACUUCCAUCGCGGCGCCGGAGAAGCGCUCCCUCGAGGCCUACUUUGCUGUACAACCACGGCCCUCGUCUGAGAAGAUCGCCGCCAUCGCUGAGAAACUGGACCUCAAAAAGAACGUGGUGCGGGUGUGGUUUUGCAACCAGAGACAGAAGCAGAAGCGGAUGAAAUUCUCCGCCACUUACUGAGGGGGGUAGGAGGUGCCGGGUGGGGCAGAAAGAGGAGCGGGGAGCCUGGGAGGAGGCUUUCUUCUGCCUGCCUCUCCUAGGAUUUGGAGUGUCCGUUACCUGCUUGCAUUUGGGGAGUCCCUCCUCGAGCGCUUUCCUUCGUUCCCUCUCUGCUCUCCCUUCCUGUACUGUCCCCCAGCCCAGAGGACCAGGGUGCUGGGUAGGGAGAAAGGAGAGGACCGGGUGGAGGAGAAGAGGGGAGCAUUUGGGUGAGCAGGGAGUUGGGGGA